AUGUCACAGAAUAGGCCUGGGAUGUUUUCCAGCUUGCGUAUGGGUGAGGUGAUCCGUGAGAAGGUCCAAGAUGGCGUUACCGGCGAGACUCGUGAUAUGCAGUACACCCAGUGUAAGAUCGUGGGCAAUGGCUCCUUUGGCAUUGUCUUCCAGACCAAGCUGUCUCCCGGCGGCGAAGAUGCUGCCAUCAAACGCGUCCUUCAGGACAAACGCUUCAAGAAUCGUGAACUCCAGAUCAUGCGCAUAGUUCGUCACCCAAACAUUGUCGAGCUCAAGGCGUUUUACUACUCCAACGGUGAUAGAAAGGACGAGGUCUACCUUAACUUGGUGCUUGAAUACGUCCCAGAGACCGUUUACCGUGCUUCGCGUUACUUCAACAAGCUCAAGACUACCAUGCCACUCCUCGAGGUGAAGCUGUACACAUACCAGUUGUUCCGCUCUCUCGCCUACAUCCCUUCCCAAGGCAUCUGCCACCGUGACAUCAAGCCCCAGAACCUCCUCCUGGACCCCAGCACCGGCAUUCUCAAGCUCUGCGACUUUGGCAGCGCUAAGAUUCUGGUCGCCAACGAGCCCAACGUCUCCUACAUCUGCUCCCGCUACUACCGCGCUCCUGAGCUGAUAUUCGGUGCCACCAACUAUACCACCAAGAUUGAUGUCUGGUCCACUGGAUGUGUCAUGGGAGAGCUCAUGCUCGGCCAGCCGCUUUUCCAGGGAGAGUCUGGCAUCGACCAGCUGGUUGAGAUCAUCAAGAUUCUGGGAACUCCUACCCGCGAGCAGAUCCGCACCAUGAACCCCAACUAUAUGGAGCACAAGUUUCCCCAGAUCAAACCUCACCCGUUCAACAAGGUCUUCCGCAAGGCCUCCCACGAGGCAAUUGAUUUGAUCACUGCUCUCCUGGAAUACACUCCCACCCAGCGUCUUUCCUCCAUUGAGGCUCUUUGCCAUCCAUUCUUUGAUGAGCUCCGCGAGCCAAACAUUCGUCUUCCAGACUCGCGUCAUCCAAACGCUCCCCCCCGUGACAUGCCCAAGCUUUUCAACUUCACCCGUCAUGAGCUCUCUAUUGCUCCCAAUAUGAACCACCGUCUCAUUCCACCACAUGCCAGAGCCGAGCUUGCUGCGCAGGGUCUUGAUAUCGACAACUUCACUCCUCUCAAGAAAGAGGAGAUGAUGGCCCGCCUUGAUUGA